UACCCCCAAUACCCCCAAUGUCCCCAACGUCCCCAGGGUGCCAUCGUGGCGGUGACGGGUGACGGCGUCAACGACUCUCCGGCGCUGAAGAAGGCGGACAUCGGGAUCGCCAUGGGCAUCGCCGGCUCCGACGUGUCCAAGCAGGCGGCCGACAUGAUCCUGCUGGACGACAACUUCGCCUCCAUCGUCACCGGCGUCGAGGAAGGCCGCCUGAUCUUCGAUAACCUGAAGAAAUCAAUCGCCUACACCCUGACCAGCAACAUCCCCGAGAUCACCCCGUUCCUGCUCUUCAUCAUCGCCAACAUCCCGCUGCCCCUGGGCACCGUCACCAUCCUCUGCAUCGACCUGGGCACCGACAUGGUCCCGGCCAUCUCUCUGGCCUACGAGGCAGCCGAGAGCGACAUCAUGAAACGGCAACCGCGCAACCCCCGCAGCGACAAACUGGUCAACGAGCGGCUCAUCAGCAUGGCCUACGGCCAGAUCGGGAUGAUCCAGGCUCUGGGCGGGUUCUUCACGUACUUCGUGAUCCUGGCGGAGAACGGCUUCCUGCCGGGAACGCUGCUGGGGAUCCGCCUGGCCUGGGACGAUCGCUCCAAGAACGACCUGGAGGAUUCCUACGGACAGGAGUGGACGUACGAGCAGCGCAAGGUGGUGGAGUUCACGUGCCACACCGCGUUCUUCGCCAGCAUCGUGGUGGUGCAGUGGGCCGACCUCAUCAUCUGCAAGACCCGGCGCAACUCCGUCUUCCAGCAGGGCAUGAAGUGAGGGAAAACACCCCAAAAACACC